GGCAGCCAUGGGCAAGCACAACAGCAAAUUGGCCCCAGAGAUGCUGGAUGACCUGGUGAGGAGCACAGAGUUCAGUGAGCAGGAGCUGAAGCAGUGGUACAAGGGUUUCCUCAAGGACUGUCCCACUGGCAUCCUCAACCUGGAGGAGUUCCAGCAGCUCUACAUCAAGUUUUUCCCCUAUGGAGAUGCCUCCAAGUUUGCCCAGCACGCUUUCCGCACCUUUGACAAGAAUGGGGAUGGGACCAUCGACUUCAGGGAGUUCAUCUGUGCCCUGUCUGUCACCGCCAGGGGCACCUUCGAGCAGAAACUCAACUGGGCCUUUGAGAUGUAUGACCUGGAUGGGGAUGGGAAGAUCACACGCUUGGAGAUGCUGGAGAUCAUCGAGGCCAUUUACAAGAUGGUAGGGACUGUGAUCAUGAUGAGGAUGAACCAAGAUGGGCUGACACCUCAGCAACGUGUAGACAAGAUCUUCACAAAGAUGGACAAGGACAAGGAUGACCAGAUCUCCCUGGAGGAGUUCAAGGAGGCUGCAAAGAGUGACCCCUCCAUUGUCCUCCUCCUGCAGUGUGACAUGCAGAAGUAGAGCCCUGGGGCUCAGUGCUGGACUGGCUGCAGCCAAUCUCUGCUCCCUGUGAUGGUUUCCAUCCCCAUUUU